AGGAAAUUAGACAAAAUUAUACGAAAUUAUAUCGUGUUUAUUGAAAGUAUUCUUGAAAAUGCAUUAAUAUGCUGCUGAUGAGCGUAGGUAAUAAACAGGUUAGCUGACACGGUUACCAUGACGUCGUGGAGGUGGUUACGUUACUUUCAUCUUCACAGUCGUCAAGGAUGUAUCUUGCUCGGCGUAGCGACACUUCUGUGGCUCGUCACAAUUUUCAACAUCAAUUCAACAGCAGUCGUUAAUAGAGGGAGUGAGGAAAUUAAAUCGGAAGUGAUUAAACUAAGUGAACAAUAUAUCCGAGCAUUAGCACGUGACAAUGAAGGUGUUGUGGACGGUCCUUAUGCCGGGAGAUUUACAGCUUACGAUCUCAAGAAGACAAUGGCAGUUUUAUUGGAAAACAUUUUACAAAGGUUGGACAAAGUAGAACAUAAAUUAAACAUUACUGCCAAUAUUAGCUCCAUUCUAGCGAAGCCAGGUGAAGCCGAUAAACAACACUCAUUACUAGCUGAAGAUUUACUACAGGGAGAACCUGAAAAGUGUAGAUUAUCUGACAAAGAAAAACAGCUUUAUCCAAAAUGUCAAGGAAAAAUAGAGUGGAUGAAACAGAUGUGGAAGUCUGAUCCGUGUUAUGCUUCAUAUGGCGUGGACGGCUCAGCGUGCUCCUUUAUAAUGUACCUUAGUGAGAUUGAAGGCUGGUGCCCUAGGUCAGCAUGGCAUGGUUCCAGUCUUGUACCAACACAUGAUAUAUUUGACAUGAGAUCUGCUAAUAUAACAACGGACCUGGAUGGGUUGAUGCAGCUAUUGAAGGACCCUAAUGAGCGGCAAGGCUACGCAUGGAUACGUAUGAGGAUCAAACGCAUCUGGCCCAGGUGGGAGGAGGCAAUAAAAAAUUUAGCUCGUAAACAAGAUUUAUCAAAAAGAAAACCAAAAAAGAUUUUGGUUCAUUUAGGACUACUCUCUAAACAGUCUGGAUGGAAAUUUGCCGAAAUGCAGUUCAAAGGUGGACCUUUGGGUGAACUAGUUCAAUGGUCAGAUUUAAUUACAGCCCUGUAUGUACUUGGUCAUCAACUAACCAUUACAAGUGAAACUGACCAGCUUAGCAAAGGUAUUUCAGCAUUUCUUUUGUUAU